AUGCCGACCGGCGGCCAUCCAGGCGCGACCCUGGCACCGCCAGCGCCGACGAGUGCCUCCUCCGCCGAGGCCGUCCAGUCGAAGCGCGAUCUGACCUCGUGGUGGAAGAACUUCAAGCGCGCCACGCCGCAGAGAGUCCAAGAGGAGAAGGGUACAUAUCUCCACUGUUAUUGCGUGCUCCCUAGUUUGCGCAGUGCCAUCUCGUCGUCUUCACAUGCUAAUCCGUUGCUUUGUCGCGCAGCUCCCCAAGGCAUCUUCGGCGUCCCUCUCCAGACCAGUAUCCGCUACGCCAAUGUCGCCAUCUCACUGUUCAACGAACAAGGCCAGAGCUAUAUCUAUGGCUACGUCCCUAUCGUCGUCGCCAAGUGCGGCGUCUAUCUAAAAGAGAAGGCUACCGAUGUAGAGGGCAUCUUCCGCCUCAGUGGAUCCGAGAAGCGCAUCAAGGAACUGCGCAUUGCAUUCGACUCUCCCGACCGCUAUGGAAAGGGUCUCGACUGGAGUGGCUACACGGUCCACGACGCUGCCAACAUUCUGCGCAGGUACUUCAACCAGUUGCCCGAACCCAUCAUCCCUCUCGAGUUCUACGAACGCUUCCGUGACCCGCUUAAGAAUCACCAAGCCCAAGCUGUCGGUUCCAUGGAUAUGCAAGCCCCCAAUAUCGGCCACUUCGACCCCUCCAAGGCCAUCCGUGUCUAUCAGAACCUCAUCACCGAGCUGCCUCCUCUCAACCGUCAACUGCUUCUGUACAUUCUCGAUCUCCUUGCCGUCUUUGCGUCCAAAUCCGAUCUGAACAAAAUGACCACUCCCAAUCUUGCUGCCAUCUUCCAACCCGGUCUCCUCUCGCAUCCCCAGCACGACAUGGCUCCUCCAGAAUAUAGACUCAGCCAGGAUGUCUUGAUCUUCCUUAUCGAGAACCAAGACUCCUUCUUGAUUGGUAUGCAUGGUACUGCCGCCGACGAGAAGACGGUCAAGGAAGUCCAGUCCGGGGCUCCCACUCCGAAGACUCCGGGCUCACCUCUGACUCCUGCGCGAUCCAAGACACUCCUUGGCCGCUCAUCCUCCAACGCUAGUGCCGGUGCGGAUAGUGUUCGUUUGUUUGGUAACCUUCGUAGGAAUGUCUCGGUGUCUUCCAGGGCUUCCAAACGCUCUGGCCAUCUUCAAGGCCAUGUUACACCUACUCUCGGAAGUCCUGCGAACUCGGGAGGUGUCCACCGUAGCAACACUGUCCCAUCCAAGUCAGGCGCAUCGCCACACUUUCGCCGUGAGAAGAGCUCAGAGCCACCGACCCCUAGCCCUGGCUCCGGUUCUAGCCCUCUUCCCACCGUUCUUGACACCACUUCCGCCGCUGAGAACAGCAUCUCCGAGGAACGCACACCUAUCGCCUCAAAACCUGCCGUGGAUUUUCCUGCACUCGCACCCGCGUCGAUCGUGGCCCGUCCUACAGUUCUCCAAUCAUCGCAUCCGGGCGUGCCAUCGGGACCUGAGAUUAUCUCGGCAUCGUCCAGCGAGGCAACCACUCCUCUUGCUACUCACGGAACCGAGACUAUGGGUUUGUUGCAGAGAGAGCAUACUCAAAACAGCACCGCGCCUUUGAACGUUAAUUCAUCAGCUGGUGACCGAAGAACCAAUCCCGCUGAGCGUUCCCCUUCAGGCACUCCCUCUCGCGCCAUUAUGGACUUCCUCAAGCCCUCGCCUGGCGGAAGUGACAGUGAGAGGAGAGAUGGCCGCAAGCCUAACAAGCUACAGAAGAAACGUAUUCCCGGAAGUGCCCUAUCCAGCGCUCACAGUUCUGCCCACUCGCUUCAACAAGACUCGGAAUUGCCGAGUGACUAUUUCGCUUCACCAACCACUCCCGCCUUCGAUCCGCGUACUCAGGACUAUGCCAACGAAUACGGCAAUGACCGUUCUGCAUAUGCUACAGCUCAGACUUCACCCAGAUAUAUGACUCCUCAGCGCACAGAGACGGAUGCUACUCUCAGACCGACUGUGUCGCCCGCACAUUCUUUCCAUUCGCAUACAGACACUACAGAUGUGACUGAUGCUUCUGAUGUGGACCAUGGAGAUCAGUUCCAAUCAUCCGCUGAAAGACCCGAAAAGAAGCGCCGUUGGCGAUUCUCGAGACCAGUCGAAAACAGAGAGGGAAACGAACAUGGUCGCACGAACUCAAAUCUCGGCAACAUGAACAGCGCAGAUCAGAGUAAGUCGACCAUCAGCAGUUCGAGCGGCGGAAACCCUCGACGUAGCUUCCAGGACAGCCAUGUAAUGUCUGAUCCUGAGUCAGUCUUGUCUGAUAGUGACAACAAGAAGGGGCCGAUGUCAUGGAUAAGAAGCAAAUUGAACGAGCGCAAGGAACGUGAAGCAGAAAGGAGAGCCCGAUCACCGAUCAAGCAAGUACUGAGGGAGGAGCACAAUGGUUCCCGGCAAAGUCUCAAUGCACCUACAGGACGAGGAAAGAGCAUGGAGUUGUCGAGACAGCGAUCUCCUACCACACAACGAGCGCUGCCAGAGACGAGCACCGCCAACGUUCAUGGCGCCUCUCCUUUAGCAGCCCUGGAUCCACAGCUUCCUGGACAACCUGACUCGUUCACUCCAUUCGCGCCUGUCGCAGUCAGUGAGGCCCAAACGCACGCCGCACAAGCAUCAGGAAACACUCCGAUCGGAUCUGCAGAGGGAACGCCAAAGCAGGCACAGCUUUUCGACAAUACUCAGACCUAG